AUGGAUUCAUGGAAAUCUUGGAAAAUGGUUUCUUUGCUUGUUUGUGUAUUUGCUAUGGUCAGAGAAAUAAGACCAAUUGAACCAUUUUUCACAUCACACUUAGUAAAAAAUAUGAAUUUUACUUUGAAUCAGGUAUUUAUUCACAUUUUUAAUUUUUAAUUUUUGUGAAAAAUAUAUAUUACUUUUGAGGAUAAUAUUUUGUGACAAAAUACACAAAAUAAAAAUUGUAUAGAUAUCUGUGUAUGAUUAUUUGUGUACGAGAUAAAAUUACUAUAAUUUUUAAAUUUUAAGCAAAACAAGGAGAGCUAUUUUUUUAUUAGUCAACAAAUUACACAAUUUAAUUUUUUGGAUUUACAAGCUUUACUAUAUUAAAGUAAAUUCUGAAUUAUUCAGAAAAUAAUUAUUCUAAAUACUCGUAUACCUAUGCUGUUUAUUUCUCUAUUAUUAAUUUAUGAAAUUAAACGUUUUAAUUUAAAAAAGACCUAAAUAGUUUAAAAUAGUAUGUUAUCUUAAUUAUCUUAGUUAUAUCUGGAAAAAUAGAAAUAAAAAAAUAUGAAGCUUUAGCUAGAUAUUUAAAUUUCAUGAAUUACAAUACAUUUUGUAAAUAUUAACAUUUGUUUUAAGUUAGGUAUAUAUAUUUUAUAUAUAAUAUAAAACAUAAUUUCGAGUUCCAUAUGAAAGUGUAAACAAUUUUUUGAGGUAGAUAGGUAUAUUGUUUUUAAUAAUAAAUAAAACUUGAACAACCUGUAUAGGUGUGAUAAUUCUAAGAUUUAAAUAUAAUUAAGUAUUUGAUUAAUGAGAUAUCUAUUUCUCAGCCAGAUAGUGUAUGUUAGAUUGAAUCAUGACUUUUUAUAUGCUAUAAAUGUUAUUUAAAUAUACCAUUAAGACUCGGGGGUGUAUUAAUGGGGGGUCUAAAGAAAGCUAUAGUGGUUUCACAUAAAUGUGAGGUAGAUUCUAGAGCCUUUUGAACGGUAAAUUGAAAGUAAAAGCAGUCAGUCCCUCACAUGAGAAAAUCUGAAUAAGGGCAUUUAAAAUUUUUAAUACUUUUAGUAUGCAUAAAGCAUAUGCACUUGUAAUUUUAAAUAAUAAUAUUCUAGGUAAGUUAUUUUGACUUUUGACAACUAUUGUUCGUAAUUGAUCACAUGAGAGCCAUCUCUAUUUUAAUUAUUAGUAGGUAGGUUCCUACAUUUUAAUAAAUUGAAAUAGGUGAAUAUGCAGUACUUACUGACUAUUAUAAGUAUGUUCAUAAUAUUAAACAGAUAAAUUGUGUUGAUGAUUAUGAUUACAUUACAGGUUAACGAAAAUAUCUAUGCAGUCGGGACUUACUCUUGUCUAGUGUUGGCUGUUGUAAUAUUCCUGAUAACAGACUAUUUUCGGUACAAACCGUUGAUCAUUGCCGAUGGAAUCGCGGGGAUUUUCACGUACGCGUUACUGUUAGGAUCACCUAGUUUAACCAUAGUUCAAGUGAGAUUUUAAAAAUUCCAGUGCCUAUAUUAUACCAUUAGCCGUGUCCGUUGGGAAAAUAAUCAAUUAAAAUAAACCAUAGAUAGAACAAAUGUUCUUUGGAUUUUUUUAUUCGUCGGAAGUUGCGUUUACUACGUAUUUAUAUGCCAAGGUCGACGACAAACGGUAUUAUCAAAAAAUCACCAGUCUAGUGAAAGCGUCCAUGUUAUUCGGCAGGUUCCUGUCCGGAUUAAUUGCGCAAACAAUUGUUUCCACACAUUUAUUGGAUAAUGUCUAUCUAGUGUACAUCAGUAUUAUUAGUAGGUGACUCGUAAAAAUAAUAAAAUUCAUAUAUAAUUACAAAAUAUCAAAUAAAAAUGUAUUCGGUGUUGGGCAUUAGAUGGAGUGGCGGGGUUUUUAGGUACUUGUUAUACCGUUAAUAUACUGCUAAGUAAUAAACUUUAUGUUCUUCACCAAGCAGUUAACACAUAUAUUUAUCUGUUCAAUUUACCUACUGCAUUUUAUUUUGGUAUUUCAUUUAGAGGACGUAAUUAAAUAAACCAGUUUUCAAAUUAACACAAACACAUUAUCUAAUACCCAUGUAAAAUGAACAUACCUACUUAUUAUAUAUAAUUACAAUUUACAAUAUGUCAAUAUAUAUAUACGUAUUUAUGAUACGAUACAGAUGGCUUAGUCGAUGUGUUUUUAAAUUUAGAUCCUAAUAAUAACGCUGGUAAUAUUUCGGUUUUAAAACUAAUUUUUUUAAUUACACAUUUCUAUAUGUAAACAAAUUUUUUAUCAGAAAUCUUGCUUUGUACAUAAGCUUAAAAAGUGGUUUCUGAUAACAAAUUUUAUCGAGUUGGAGCAAUGGGGAGAUAUUUAUUAAUUUUCCAUUUUAAUUUUUAAUAAUAAUAAAAACCGGAAAAUGUACGUAAAAUUAAAUUACUCAGAUCUAACAAUUUCACUGACCACUAAAUACUAUACGACUUUUUAGAUGUGUUACAAAUUUCAAAACAUUCUGUUGACAUUUGGGCUAUUUAUAACCAUUUUAAGUUUUAGAGUUUUUCACUUUUAAUUUGAUUCUAUGUAGAUAAAGUUGUUUGAGUCCAACAAAUUUGUUUGAAAAUUUAACACGAGAUUCAUAAUUAAUUGAAGUUAGAAGUGAAAAAAAAAGUUGAGAGUAUACGUAAUAUAUAUAUUAUGUAUAUACUAUGUUUUUAUAUAUAUACUAGCUGUCCCGGCAAGCGUUGUUUUGCCAUAUAAAUUAUUUCUAGGGAAUCUAUAGUCUAGAAAAAAAAUAACUAACUUAUUGUAAGUGUUUAAGGAUGUGGUAAAUUAGUGAAAGAGGCAUGGAGCGCUGUGAACGAUGAGGGAAUAUAAAAAUAACAAAAGGCAAACAUUAUUUUUAAGUUAUUAUAAUUUAUUCCUUAAAAAUAUCAAUCUCUUAAUGCUAUAGUGUGAACAAUAAUUUUUAUUAGUCCAUCUUUAGCUAACACAAACAAACUGAAUGGUUUACCCACUCGAGAGCAUGCCACGUAUAAUUGUCCGUGUGAAAAACAUGGUGUUCUCAAAUCUAAGCCACAAAUAAACACACGUACAUAAGUUAGGUUAGGUUAGCAAAAUUAGCCAAAUCGGCCCAACCGUUCUCAAUUGUUAUUGGCACGCGGGUGCCACGGAAACCAAUAAUAAAAAAUAACCACAUAGAGUGUAUAUUAUCUCUCCAUGGCAAAAUAAUAAUUGUUGAAUAUCGUGCGUGCUAUUAUACUUUGACUUAAGAGGCCAUAACUCCGGAACCACUUAUCGCAGAGCAUAAAAACUUAGAUAGUAGCCGAUUCUCAGACCUACUGAAUAUGCGUAUAAAAUUUCAUGAGAAUCGAUCAAGCCGUCUCGGAAGAGUAUGGGAACGAACAUUGUGACAUGAUAAUUUUAUAUAUAAGAGAUAUAUAUAUACAUUGCAAUAAUUUUUGUAUAGCGUUUUAAGUUCAUAUUUGUAUCCAAGCCCGGAUUAAGAUGAUUUUGGGCCUGUGGCUAAACAAUUUUAGGGACCCAUAAUAAGUCCGUAUACAGGGAGAUUAGGGAUUCACCCCCCCUUCCCCCUGAAAAUUGAACUUGAUUAUGUGCUAGGCCUCUAAAAAUAAUUAAAAUAUUGGUGACUCACAAGAAAAAAAAGAUAUAUAUAUAUAUAUAUAUUUUAUAUGUUAGAUAAAAAAAAUAUAUAUAUACGUGAAUGUUAUUUUUAUAAGUAAUUUUUUCUUACCUUUUGGGAAACAAACUCUGUUAUAUCUUAAUUCGAAUUAAUUAAAUAUCCUAAACAUUCCUAAACAAUCCUAAACAUCACUCUCUGAACACAAAACCAUACAAUUAUUUACAUUUUCUUAGCGUAUGUCAUUAAAGAUCAUCAUUUUUCUUUUUUGAGCACCGCUUAGGCAAAUACUUUUUACAGCCACUCAUAUUUGAUUUUAAUAUUAUUACUACAUAAUAUUAUACUUUAAUAGUCAAUAUCUUUGUAAAACAAAACACUAAAACAUAAAAACGUAAACGUUCUCCAACUAGGUUAACGUUAUCGCGACGAAAAGAUAGUGUCAACUGUCAAAUUAUAGUUAACAUUUCGAUUGACGACUGUACUAUACUUUAUCUUUUAUUCUAUACUUUAUUCUUUUCGUAUGAAAACAACAUAAUAAUUUUCUUGGCUAAUAACUAUAUGUUUUUAUCGUCAAUUUUAAAAUUAAAUCAGUUUUAUAGCUAUCUCUAUAAUAGUUAGUAAUAGCGUUUCAAUCGCCAUGGCUCCCUCUGCCCCCCCCCCAUAAUCCGGGCCUGUUUGUAUGAAUAUCGUAAAAGUAAAAACAUGGUUAUCCGAACUUCGCUCAGAAUCGUUUUUCGUUAGCAAUUAUUCGUCGUUGCGUACAGAUAUAAAUUAAACUACUCCAUAUUCAUUUUCAGACCCCGUUUGAAUAUCAUUUUUCCACAUCUUCUGAGUUCAAUUCGAAUUAUGUUUAAAAUAUUUAUUCAUGUCAUUUUAAUGUAAACCAAAAUAGGUACCUAUUCAGUUAUAUCCUCGAUCAAAUUACAAGUUUAUCAUUAUAAGUACGUACUUGGACCAUUAUUUCGUAAUAGCUAUCACUAGAUGAGAAUAAACACUUGAAUAUGAGUAGAUCUGAUGUACCUGCAAUAAUACGCAUAGUAGAGUUUAGUUGUUAUCUAUUUUAGAGCAGUUCAACAUCAUGCAUUAUGAAGGCUCUCUAGCCUUUUAAGCCUCUAUAUGCUAAAAUUGGGUCUCCUAAUCAAAAAGUUAGGCGGUAUCAUCUUGCUAAUUUAUUAUUAAAGUAAAAACCGAUGAACUCAGAAGUACCUAUCUACGUAUUCUUACCUUUUAAAUAACAAGUAGCUAUCUAAUUAAGCGUAGUUAUUUAUUAAUUUCAUCAGGCAGUUAUAGAUAUACCUACAAUGUAUGCUUUUUACUAUAAUACAGGAUUUUUCGAAAUGAUUCUUCUGAUUACAAAAUAUAGGUAUUUGAAUAGUUUAAAUUUUUAGAUUCAUAGUAAUAUAUGAUACGCUAAAUAAAAAAAUAACAAUUGUAAUUUAGUCAUUGGUAUCUAUAAAAUGUAUUUAGUAAUGUAUUUGCAGAGACGCAGAUAAAAGUUUUGAAGGUUUUUUUUUAAUAAAUAUACGUUAGGUUAGGUUGAACUAAACAUUUCGGGGGGGUGUUUAAACAAUGAACACCUAAAAUAUUCCCCUGCGUACGUGCCUGACUAUGUGGCUUUCUUUGAUCACACGAAAAACAUCCAGUCAGAUUGCGUUGUAAACUCUCACUAAAAUAUUGGAUAACCGAAGUUACCUUGUGAAUUAAUGAGUCUAUAAUUCGAUAUUAUAGAGUUUAUAUAAACUAUUAUACAACUAUUUGAAAUUGGAUGAAUCAUUUUAAAUAACUCUGUAUUAAAUUGCAUGUAAUGUCAAAAAUUUAAAAAGUAAAAUCACCAGUCAAAUUUGAUUUGGUCGUUUAAUCAAAUAGGUAUAAGUGUUCGUAUUAAUAUCUCCGCAAAUAUACUAUACAACGUAUGUAUAACGUAACUAAACCAUAUAGAUAUUAGAGGUUUUAUAGACUUUAAAAAUUAGUUAUACUACCUAACCUAACUUAACCUAGUUAAAUAUCAUAAUAUAUUGAACUAAUGGGAUUUGGUAUAAUGGAUAUUUUAUUAUUAUGUUGGCUAAACAUAAAUAGUAAAGAAUGGAUAGGCCAUUUCUAUAGUUUCAAUGUAAGCUGCCGCGUUCUUAGAGACCUUAGAGCAACGUUUUCGGCAUAGACAUAAUAUAGAGUUAUGUCUAUUAUGUAACUAUUAUGUUUAUAGUUUUCAAGAACGUGUGAUAAGGCAGCAUGACCUAUUCAUUCUUUAUUAUUUAUGCUAUUAAAUAGUUUUUAAAUUAGGUAGCCAUUCAAUAAAUCUGAGUUACCUAAGUUAACUAAGGUGCUUAUUCGAUGCACACACAUUACUUGUGGAUAAUUAAAAAAAAACUUUCUUCGCAUUAGGUGAAUUAAUCUCUAGUAAAAAAUUAAGAAAGUGUUCUGGCUAUGAUACCCAAGCAAUAAAAAUUACUCCUCAAAACUUUUGACACCACAACAAGUAAUAUGCGAGCAUCAGCUUUAUUACGAUCAUUGUUUUAAUUUUUGCAAACUAUGUUUUCUACCAAAAAUCUUGCUCCAAUUGAAAAAUGACAAGAGAUCGUUUUUGUUCCAUUUAAUAUAUAAUCAUUGAUUGAAAAAGUAAUUUUUAGAUUCUGAGUGGAUCGAGGCUUUGUACUGGUUUUACAAUGAUGUUUAUUUUUUUUUAUCUAUAAACAACUAGUAUUUUUGUUCUGUUUAAAUCUGACUGGCGUGAUGAAACUUAGGGAAGUCGUUUUUCCAUAAAUUGGAAAAACGGGAAAAUAGAUACCUACAAUAUUAAACAAAUAUUAUUAAAGAAAAUGUUUAAUUCAUAUGUAAUUAUUUUACCAUAAUAUGACAUAUUUAUAUUGUUGACAAAGCAACACUAUUUUACGACUCUUAUCAGAAUAGUUUUUUCGUAACAAAUUUCAAAAUAUUUUAGCCAUUUUUGAGUUACUUAUAGACAUUUUAAUUUUACGAGUUUCUUACGUAAUUUCUAUUCGAUAUAUGUACUCUGUGGAUAAAAUUUUUAGACCAAAUAGAAAUGCUUCAAAAUUUAACAGGAGAUUAAUUAUAAGUCACAUUUUGUGGUAAAAAAAAAAAGUGAUGUAACGUUAAAUUUUUUUCACAAGAAUUUUAAUAUUUGGCGCAAUAAAUACAUAUUUUUUAUUAUUUUCAAAUCUUGACGAAAAUUUUAAUAUUACGGCCUUACAAAACAUGUAUAACCGAAUUGCUUAGAUUCGUAUUUCGUUAUGUAGCAAUGAUAAAUCGUAGGGAUACAGAUAUACAUUAUAUUACUCUUAUACUACUUUUCCAACUUCUCACCUACAAUAGUUUUCAUAAUAAUUGGGGAAAACCAAAAAUGACGGCACAACGAUUUCAUUAUUUACAAUUUUUAAUCUACCAAAAGUCUUUGUCCAAAUUCUAAGUGUAACAUAUUAAUUUCUGAAAGAAAAUGUGUAGUUUGUAAAUAAGAAAGCAUUUGUUUGAUUUUCGGUAUAAUUUUCUUAAUAAUUACAUAAAUCGGAAAAAAAUGUAGGAGAUACGGUAAAAUGUAUACGUACGGCAUUUGUGUUUUUUGUUGUUAUGUUAAAAACUAUUAUAGAGACCUGUAGUUUUUAAAUAUACUGAUCUAUGUACAAAAUACAAACGUAUUUUGUAGACGUGGUAAAAUUUUCAAAAAAAAAUUCUAGCUAUUUUUAGGCUAUUUAUAGGUAUUUACGUAUUUUGUACGUAAUUUUUAUUUGUUGGGUACUUUUUGGAUAAAAUUAUUUGACCAAACAGAAUCGCUUGAACAUUUUACAGGAGGUUCAUUAUAAGUUGUACUUAGUGGUCAAAAAAAUAAAUUCAGUGUAAUAUAUUUAAUUUUUUUAUAAGUUACAAGAUCAAAUUUUAAGGAAAAUCGUAAAUGUAAUAACGUAUGUCUUUCAAAACAUAUAUAACCAAUCUUCGUUCCAAAAGAAAAAAAAACUACAUUGCACUAAAUUUUUUUUUGACCAAUAUAAGUACGACUUAUAAUGAACCUUCUAUCAAAUUGUCAAGCAUUUUUGUUAAGUCUAACAAUUGUAUCUACAAAGUACCUACCAAGUACAAAUUAUGUAAAAAACUCAAAAUUAAAAUAUCUAUAGAUAACUCAAAUAUUUUUAAUGUUUUACUACGUUUAGAAAUAGUAAAUAUAUACAUUUUUGUCUAAAUGUUAAGCCUCUACAAAUAUUUUGAACUGAAUUACAUUAAAAAAAACAAAUUUUAAAUAAUAUAAAAAAUUUAAAAAUUUCCCCGUUCUUUCUACAUAUUUUUCGGCUUUGCUCAGUUAUUAAAAACUACAAUGAAAAUCAACAAAAUACUUUUUUGGUCAUCAGCUAAAUAAAAACUUAAACAAAAAAAAAAACUCUUUUUGUAUUUCUAUUAGAACAAUAGUUAUGGUAAAAACAGCUAGGAAAAUUAAAAAAUUAAAAAUUUUAAAUCGUGCGGUAAUUUGAAAAUAAUCGUCUUUUAGGUUUUUCCAAUUAUUCCAAUUAUGAAAAGUACUAAGUUUCGUAUUAAAAAUCUUUUAAUAUCAAAAAAACUACUUAUUAACAGUGGCUAUAUGUUAAAAGGAACAAAAAAGAUCUCUUAUUUUUCGAUUGGAACAAUUUUUCUAGUAGAAAAUACAAGUUGCAAAAAUUAAAAACAUCGGUAAUGCCACAACGUAGCGUAAAUAUUUACCGUUUAACCUAUAAUAUUGUUUCGGGUUUUCCCAAUUAUUUUGAAAAUCAAAAUAUUACCUUUCUAAUGUACCAACUAGAAAAAAUUUCUGGUAGAAAAGUUGUUUGCAGAUACAAAAAAAAAAAAAUACAGUAAAACCAUUAAAUCAUUCGCUACGCUCCGAAUCUAAAAUAAUAAUAUUAAUAGUUAAUGUUAAAUUGUCAUUAUUAAGUCAUAACAAACAACCUACAACCUUUAAUAAUUAUAAAUUAAUAUUUUAAUUUGCCAAUAAAAUUCAUUGAGAUUUUAAGUUUAUUGAAGCAAUUAGUAGAUUAUACCAUGACAAAUUAGGUCUAAUUUGUCAUGGAUUAUACUAUCAGGAUUAAGGCUCUAUUUUGUCGUUCUUAACAUAUUAAACCACAUUUAACCUACCAAUUUAUUAAUAUACAGUGUUCUACAAUGAUCUGUCACUUGAAAUAGCAUUUGUUCUAUUCAAUAUUUUUGAUGUAUUUUUAUUUUUAAAUAAUUAGUAUGUUUCUGCGCUACAGUUUAUAUACGAACAUUUUUUUUUUUUUUUUUUUUAAAAAAUUCAAAAAAAUUGUUCGUGGUUAAAACUUCCGUGAACGUAUAUAGUCUUUUAUUUUCUACGAUUUUUUAAAAAUUUGAAUAAUUUUCUUUUCAAUCAUUGACACAAUAUAAAUAUCCUUGUCAUGUGCCCUGAUUAAUAACUGAUUAAAUAUUGUUAUAAAAUAAUCACAAUAGAUAAUAUUAACAUUUGCAAAAACUUUAAUUAUAUUAAAAUGUUCAAUUUUUUUAUUUUAAGUCCUCUUUCCUAUAAAAAAAAAAUGUUCAUAUAUAAACUGUAGCGCAGAGGUAUACUGUUAAUUAAAAAAAAUAUAUAUAUAUCAAAAAUAUUGAUUAGAACAAAAGUUAUUUUAAGUGGCAGAUCAUCGUAGGACACUCUAUAUAGACUAUAAUAUAAAUUCGUGCAAUGACGAAUUGACGAAUAAAUUUGGUAUUAAACAUAUUUUAUACCUAUAUGGCUAAAUGUAUGAAUAAACACUAAUUUAGAUAAUGAUCCAAUAGGUAAUUUGAUGUAAUUAUCUAUUGUGAGUACCUACAUAGAGCCAGUUGAAGCCGUAGUUGACGUAGAUUUAGGCCUAAGGGUGCGUUCUCUCUGGCGCGCGGCUCUUGUAGCCAAUCGGCCGAAGCCGCGGGUUCCCGAUGCUUGUCGGUAAACAUCAAAGAAAGCUGAGCGGCUUAGCCGAACACCAGUAGGAACGUGCCUUAAGGUGGAAUUUUUCGAUCCAAUUGUAUUAUCUAAAAUUAUUUUGAAUUAACAAUUUUAUUUAGUUGUAAAAUUAUUAAGAAAAUUAAUAAUCAGAUAAUAAAGGUAGUAAAAUUAUUCCGAAAAUAUAUGUUGAAUUGAAAAUUUUACUAGCAAAGAAAGACGCUUUUCAUAAUUAAAAAUAGUAAAAUAAUAUUUACGAUCAGCACAAAUCUUAGGACUGUUGGGAUUGUUUGGUAGGGUCAACAAAAAUUUAAUUAAACAACGAGAAAUAAUGUCUAAUUAACAGAAAGUGGCAUUGCUUGAUAAACUUAUUUUUUUCCCUAUUUAAAGUAUCUUGAUAAUGUCCAUGCAAAAAAAAAAAAUUCUACGUCAAUUCGUUGUCCCUUAUACAAACAAAAUUCAGAAUGAACAAAAAAACAUGUAUUUUAUAUGAGAAACUUUACCUCGUUACAGGACGAAAAAAUAUCCCUAGGAAGCUCAAAUAGAGCUCAACAUUUUUAUUAUUUUUUUUAAACAAAAUUAAGGGCGUCCAAUAAAAAAUUUUACCAUCACCCAAAUAAGAACCAACUUAAAUUGUACAUGUAUUAUUUCACUUGUAUCACUACCCACACAAAUUUAAAGAUACGAAUUUUUAAACGCAUAAACUCGUAAACGGACCACCAAUAGCGUCUUAUCAAGUAGUUUUUAAAUUGAUCAACAUAGGACAUGUUUAGAGACCGGCGGAAAAUAGCGUUUUACGCAGGCAAAGCGCCUUAAGCGAGUUUUAUUAUAUUGUUUUGUUUUAUUAUUAAUUGUUGCUUAGCCGAUGUGGUCAUGAUGACAGACUCUUAGACCCGUUCUCACCAACGUAAACGUUGAUUUUUAAAACUAAUUUUAUAAGAUAAUCGACCAGUCGUGGUCGGUUAUCAGCUGUAAACUCAGUUUAAGAAUCGGAUAAACGCCUUUUUUUACGUUAGUGAGAACGACCCUUAAUUCCCUUUAACUAUGACAGGUGCGUUUACAAAAAAACAUUUCGGGGCCAUGAACCCCGGUGUUCACCGUCAAAUGGGUGAUUGUUUAAUAGGCCUUUGAUCUUUGUGUUUAGUAUAAUAAUAAUAUAAACAUAGAGUAGACAGUUAUGAUCUCUCAUUAUAGGCGCAAUAGAGAUUAAUUAUUUUGUUAUGGUAUAUAGAUUAAAUAUAUUCUGUAUAUUACAUAUUUUAAUCCAUGGUUAAUUAUAGAUUCUAUAAAUCCCCGUUUAUACGACAUCACUGAUGCUGACACGCCGUAGCAUUGACAUCAGAGUAACAUAGCUUACCACGAUCCAGCAUAGUGGCGCCGAACUUAGGGUACGGGGCUUGCAACCACCUGACAAUAUUUGUUAGUGGUGGGUGGGUGGUGCUAGUGGUGAGAAAUGCACAUAGCAUGCGUAGUAUUUGUAUAGAAAAUAUAACUAUAAAAAUAAUACCAUGAGGAAUGAAAUAUAUUCCACUCAAAAAAAACCAGUAUACAGUAAAUACUUUUUUUAGCGAAUAUUUUUAAAUGACUUCGGCACCAUUGCGGCAGUACCACUAGUAUUAGUUAUAGUAUUAACUAUUCAUUUAAUCAAUAAGUAAUACUCAAAACACACUAGUGUUGAAUACAAAUUUACAAUUACAAUUAUUAUUACAUAAAUUUCAGUAUAUGUAUGGAUACUGAAAUUUAUAUUAUACUAUAACUUACACGCUACACCACAUAGAUUAUUAUAAUUAACGAAUACACUAACAAUUAUAGCAUACACCUAUUUAUAUUUUAUAAUAUAAUAUGUUAUUUAAUAAUGUUUUGUAUAAUAGGUACUUCCUUUGUGACAAUUUGGGCACUAUUCCUUCCGAAAGUAAACUAUAGUCUGUAUUUCCAUAGAAAUAAGGACCCAAAAUUAAAUAAUUAUGUGGAACAUCAAUCUAGCGGAAUCGAUAUUACUGGAAAUACAUCGGUAUGCAGUAAAAUAUAUACAUUAUAAUUAAGUUCUUUUUUUUUUUUUGUAGUUACCUAAAUGUGUACCUACGUGGAAACUUUUUGAAAUAAUAAAUUCUAAAUGAAUUUGAUACCUAUUAAUUAAAAUGUCAAAUUUGAGAGUUAAUUAUUCGAAUUUGAACCUAAGUUUUAUUAAAAUAUAACUUAUGUACAGUUUACUUAAUUUUUGAUCAGUUUUGACGGACGAUUAUAAUGAGGGUAUUUUUGCGUUGAUAAUGAUAUUGUAAUUUUGUUAUUGUUACUGUGAACACUAUGAACCACCAUAAUACGCAUAUGGCGUAUUUGAUUAAAUUUAAAACUAUUAUUGAGAAGAUGUUCGCUAAACCGUGCUCCUUACCGACUCGAAACGGACGGUUGCAAAAUUCACCAUAUCGUUUAAUUAUCGUUCAUUGGUAUAGUAACUAGGUUACAGUAACCGACUCGAAAAAAUUUAUCAGUAAACAGGUUACUAACGGUUAUAACGCCUAAACACGCCUAAUGAUAUAUCAAUAAUUGAGGGACUAUUUGAAUUUGAGUUUAUUUUUACAUUGAUACAAUUUAGUCAAGGAAAAAUAGAUUAUCCGGCCCAGCGAUACUCAACCUGCGGCCCAACAAUGGUUUUUAUGUGGCCCAAACAGAACUCAUUGAAUUGAUAAAAAAAUAUGAAUUUCAAAACUGAUAUUACAAAUAUAAAAUAGGUAUUAAUACAACAAUCAAUGUGUGUCGUACGCGAUUGCGAUAAGGAUAAUUAUGUUUUUGCUAUUUUCACUAUUUAUAACUAUUUAUAUUUACGAUUUUGAUCUAUAUUAUCUUAUCGCUAAACUGGCCGUGGCUCCUACGUGGGUACGCAUUACGAUCAUACAAACUGUUGGGCCCGGCGUCCACCAAAGUAACGUGACCCAUGACUGGUGAGUUUUGUUAUAAAUUGUCUAUAUUAUGUUAUUAUAAUUAUAAUAAUACAUACCUUUCCACGGUGGAGAGCUGGUGACAAGUGACAAACGUAGAACACGCAGUACUUUUGUCAUCAACAAAAUUUCAGUAGUUACACAAAACUGAUACAUGAUCUGACAGGUUUGAUCAGUGUACGGACAUGAAUGAUUUUUGUAUGUAUGUAAUGACAAACAACUAGUGUGACAUGUCACUUGCUAAAUCACUCGUCACGUCACUUGUCAUAUCACGAGUCACGUUACUUUGGUGGACGCCGGGCCUUAGUCACGUUGUAAAUGUAUAAUAGUGUUGGUGUCAAGCAUUUUUAUUUAUUAAAUAUUUCAAUCGUUAGUUGCUUGAAACACACAUUAGACAUUUUAUAUUUUAAUAUUUGUUGUGAUAUUAUGGCAGACGUAUCUUCGAAAAGUAAACGAAAAAUAUCUGAAGAAAAUAGAAUGUUUCAUGACAAUUGAGAAGAAUAUUUUGUCGUACCAAAUAAAAAGGGUUCAGCUACUUGUUUAAUCUGUCGAGAAAGUGUUAUACUUAAAAUAUAUAAUAUUAUAUUAUAAAGUGUUUGCUUUUGAAGAGAAACUGGAAAUCUAUUACAAGCAAAUACAGAACCAAAUACUACAUAAUUUUCCUACCCUUACAAAAGUUAUACAAAAUGGUAUUAUCAUUUCUCAAACAAACAAUAUCAUAAUUUAAAAUCAUUUAACUGCCUUAUCCAAUGAAUUUAAAAGAAUAUUUCAGGAUUUAAGAGGUGUAAAGAAUUUCUUUUUAUUAAUAAAAAAUCCUUGGCACUUAGAAGUAACAAGAAUAACACAAUUAGCUGCAUUGAUUGUAUCUGAUUAUUCAAAAGUAUUUGAUGAAUUUAUUAAGUUAAAAAUUAUACAAAUUUGGAAGUUAUUUUCAAAGAAAAGAGAGAACAAAAAGAAUACAUCGAAUUUUGGAAUUUAGUGCCAGGAAAAUACAAUACCAUACAAAAAUGUGCCCACUUUUUGCUAACAAUGUUCACAUCAAUAUAUCUAUGUGAAACUUCAUAUUCAAAAAUGAAAUAUGCAAAGAAUGUGAACAGAAAUCGGCUUACUGAUUCACAUCUUUAUGACUUGAUGAAGAGUAAUAUGCAGCAACUACAAACCAGAUGCAUCCAAAAUAGUGAAAAAACUAUUUCAAUAUCAAAAUUUACACUAAUUUAAAAUAAAUAUUUAAUUUUUUUUAUAAUAUAUUUUCAAAUUUUAUACACAAUAUAUAAAUGUAAUUUUAGUUUAGUUUAAUCCCCUUUCUGUUAAUUUUGACUUGCGGCCCGUGUAACAUUUUAAAAUAUUUUAUGUGGCCCAAAUAAAAGAAAGGUUGAGAAUGGCCGAUCUAGUCUCUAAAAAGUUCAAGUCACUGAUGUGGUUUAUUUUAAUCAAAUAAUUCUUAUAGUACCUAUUUAUAUUAUUUUGAUUAGGUACGAUUUAUAAGUGCCCCAAAUUAUAUUUUUACUGAGGACUAGUGUAUAACUAAUAUUAUAAAUUUGUUAAUAAUUAUGUACUUAAAAAUGCAUAGAUAAAUAAAAGUUUGUUUACUUUGAAUUUGAGGUUACCUAUCUAAAGUCAAAAAUCCAGGAGGACAAUGUAUUAUUUUAAAUGUUAUUUUUCAAUAUUAUUGAUUUUUUAAAUUUUUAACUAAUGUUUAAUGGGUAUUUAAAAGUCAGGGUAGACAACAUAUCCCUCUUGCCUUCAAUGGAAAUCCAUAUUUGAAUUUAAUAUUUCAAAUAUUAAUAUAAUUAAAACUUAAAAAUAAAUAGAGAAAGUAAAAAAAAAUAUUUAGGGGCUUAUUGAUGUUAGAGAUUCCUACUUGUGAAUUACAUGUAUACUCAAUUUAUUGGUUUAUUAUUAAGAAAUUUGAAUUUAUUAUCUAUUAUAAUGAUAUACCAAAAUUAAUAACAAAAUACUAAAACCUAUCUGUAUAUCAUUUAUAAUUGUACAUAUAACUUGAUUCCUACAUGAUUAAUGUUUAUUUAAAUAAAUUUAUUAAGAUGACAAAUUAUAAAUAGUAAAUAUUUCAUAACGCUUGCCAUUUUACAAUGUGUGCGACUACUGCACACCAGAUUAGAUUUUUAAAAGUUUAAAAGCUCAUUAAGAUUAUAAUAUAAUAUUAUUAUUUAAUUAUUAUUUAGUCUUAAAUUUUAUUUAAUUUUAAAUAUUAUUUUUUUAUAGAAUAUUGUUUAUGCAACUUCAAAAGUCACUACGAUUGGCGAUGUUAUAAAAAUUAUUUUAAAUGAUUUUAAAUCUGCAUACAGUAACAUUUAUGUAGUAAAACAAAGUUUUUGGUGGAUAAUGGCUGUUACUGGAUAUAUUAUAGUGAGUUAAAUACAAUGUAGAAAUGUACUAUUAAACUGAAUAAACUGUGAUAUACCCAUGUAAGUUAAUUUUUUGAUUAUAGGUAGCAACAUAUAUUCAAGUUUUAUGGGAAAAUGUGAACGUAGAUAAAAAACAACUGAUGAAUGGGGCUGUUGAAUCUAUACACACUCUCUGCGGUAUCAUAGUUUUAUAUAUAAAUUUUUUUAUUUACUGACAUUUUUGUUACUUGAUAACAAAUAUUAUUUGUUUAUAGGUGCAAUUGGUGCUUACAUAGUUGGUCAUUUAAAUUAUGAUUGGAAAAAAUUUGGUGAUAUUAUAUUUACCAUUGGAUCAUUCCUGUUAGGUUUAUUAUUAUUCAUUAUUUGUUCUUGUGAUAAUUUAUGGUUGUUGUACAUUUUAUAUAUAACAUAUGGUACUCUUUAUCAAACACUAUUAACAAUUGCAACGUAUGAAAUUUGUUAUUAGUGAUUUUUAUAGGAAUGUGCAAGUACCUACUAAAUGUUUAAACAAAUUUUUUUUUUUAAUGAGCAAAGCAAGGAAUGUAUUGGUUUUAUUAUGAUAUGUAUGAUUUUAGAUUACGAGAGCAGCAAAGGAUUUAUUGGUUUAACAAUUUGUGAUUUUUUUUCUUCUAUCUAUAGCUAUCUCUAGCUAUAGAGGAGGUUUAUAGGAGAUCCAAUAAAAAUUUAACAAUAAUUUCUGAUGUUCAAUAUUUUAAAGAUUCUAUUUUUUUUUAAUAAUAAUUAGUAGAAACUUAAUUUCUUUUUUAGUAAAUAUUUGCAAUUCCAACAUUUUAUUUCAAAAUAUAUUUAUAAAAUAGAUAUCUUCAUCUCCUUCCUAGGCUUAUACUGGUCCAUUCAGGAUCAUCACCACUUUUAGAAUGCCUUUCCACCUCUCUAUUCAAUGCCACCCUCAUAUCUAGCAAUGGAUUGACUUUUUUUAGGUCUUUUUCCAUUGUAUCGUUUAGUGUUUUAUGCGUAUAAAAUUAUUGUAAUGGUUAUGGCAUAGCACACAUUUUUGAAAAUAUUACUCGAGAUUCAUCAUAAUUUGUAUAUAUAAUGGUAAUAGAACAAUGCCACAUCCAUCAACUGUAUCUAUCAGAUGGGAUAUUACCUAGGUAUCAUUUUUUUUAAAUACGUUUUACAUAUCUACCUUUUAAUUUUUAUAAAUAAUGUAAAUAUAAAUCAUUACAUUUUCUAGUGCAAACUUUUGGUGUAGUGUAUAAAUAUAAUUUAUUUAGGUACUAUAAACACUAGAUUAGAUAGUAAGGAGAUAUUUUCCGCUGACCAAUGUCUCGUUAACUAAUGAAAUCAAAAAUUUAACUAAUUAUUGUAAUUUAAUAGCUGAAGAAAACAUUGAUCAUCCGAACAAUUUUACUUUAAAAUGUUUGAAUUAAAAACUAAUAAACUUGCACGUUCUUAAUAUUUUUAUUUUAAAGUUAAACAUCUAUUUAUUUAAUUAAUUUGUUUUAAUGAAUAACAUUUCAGAUCCGAAAUAGCAAAACACAUAAAGCCUGACAGUUAUGGGUUAAUAUUAGGCUUCAACUUCUUUCUUUCUUUGCUUGUGAUCUCAAUAUUUACAUUAUUAUUUAUUCAAGGCCUUAUUGUUGUGAUAGGAACAGAAAAUCAGGUAAAUUUAUAUGAACUUUUUUUUUGUUUGAUUAACAAAGCCAUAUCCAAGUCCACUAAACUAACCUUAAUGAGUUCUUCAAAAUAUUUAACAAUUUUCAUUCAUUUUUUUUAAUAUCCUAAAAAAAAAAAAUUAUUUACAUAUAUAUAUUUAUAAUAAAGAAUUUUUGAACUCCUUAAACUCCCAAUUUUACAUAUGAAUUUGAUAAUUAUAAUAGAUAAUGAAUGUCUACUUAAUUAUAAAUUUGUUUGUUUCUAGAUUCUAACGGUUAGUCUGACAUUUUUUGUGAUGUGUAUUGUGUUUUUCAUCAUGACUAUUAAAAAUUGGAAAAAAUAA